CGCCCUUGUGCAGACAUUCUCGACAUAACCAAAGCCAGAUGAGGGGGUUGUACAAGGGAUUUUGCACAAGAUAAAAGGGGUUGUACAUUGAAAGAAAAUAAGUGCUUCAGGCUGCUCUGGUCCACUUUUUCUCGACGGACAUGUUCCUGUACAUCCUGGGGCUUGUGGUGUUCUAUUACCUGUACCGUUGGGUCAGGGAACUACCCAGGGUCUCUGACAAAGGCAGCAAAUAUGUGUACAUUACGGGCUGCGAUAGUGGCUUCGGAAACCUCCUGGCUCGCCACCUGGACAAGCUGGGCUUCCGAGUGAUCGCCUCAUGCUUCACGGAGAAGGGAGAAGAGGAGCUGAGGAAGUCGUGCUCCAGCAACAUGACCACAACGCACUUGGAUGUUCGAUCUGCGGAAAGUGUCGGGAAAGUUGCAGCCAUGAUCAAGGACAAAGUCGGGCAGCGUGGCCUGUGGGCUGUCGUGAACAAUGCCGGCGUGUCCGUCCCCACCGGCCCUUGUGACUGGCUGACCUUCGAGGACUUCAAGUCAAUGCUGGAUGUGAACCUCAAUGGAGUGAUUGCUGUGACUCUCAGUGUCCUGCCGCUCAUCAAGCAGGCCAAAGGCAGGGUGGUGAAUGUAGCCAGCGUGUUUGGUAGGAUCAGUGCCACCGGCGGCCCGUACACCAUUUCAAAGUACGGCGUGGAAGCCUUCAACGACUGCCUCAGGUUGAACAUGAAGCCCUUUGGUGUCAAGGUCCUGUGCAUUGAACCAGGUUUCUUCAAGACCAAUGUGACCGAUACUGCCAUUUUGAGCAAGAACGUGAAGUCACUGUGGGACAAGCUGCCCCAGGAGCUCAGAGACGACUAUGGACCGGAUUACCUUCAGAAAUCAUUAAAAAUCAUAUCAGACAAGGUUGCAAAGCUAUCAGAUGCAGACCUGAUGAAGGUGGUCAGCUGUAUGGAGCACGCCAUAUCAGCCAUCAGACCCCGGACUCGCUACUCCCCAGGCUGGGAUGCAAAGUUGUUUUGGCUACCGCUGUCCUAUAUGCCAUCAUGCGUUUCUGACUAUAUCCUUACAAAACAAGCCAUUCCUAUUCACAGGUCAAUGCAAUAAGCAUGCUUGCUUUUAGCGACGCCUUGGUCUGUAUCAGUAUGCUUAAACAGUUAAGAGCAAUCAACAUCAAAUAUAUAAUUUGAUGAAAGCUGUAUACUUGUGUCAUGUGUGUGGAAGGUUGUGGAAACUACAAUUUCUGUUCAAUUGAAAGCAGUGGGUACAAGGACAA